AUGUGUGGGUGGCUGCGGGUGGAUGGAAUACACUGUGGUUCCAAUUCAAUCAAGCCAGGCCAACAACCGGCCGAGAGAAAUCGGAGCCAUAUGAGAACCUCAGAUACUACGAAGCGUCUUCUCACUUUUGCGGCCCUCCAGACGACCGAUGAAGAAAGUUAUCUUGAGGAAGCGGGACUCAACUUGAAUGAUCUGGGGAUCAUUGAAUUGCGAAUUUUCAGAGUCAGACGGGUAGAAAGAAGGAUGCAAGUCCCCCGCGAUUACUCCCACAGGAGAAAGAGCGCUUCAACUCAGAAUAAAGUGCAUGAACGUAUGAAGAAAGUGGGGAUGCAUUGUGUCGGGUUCUCGGAGGAAAUUCCUGCAGAAGACGUAUCGCGAACGAGCCAAAUGUGGGACUGGAAAACGGUAGAUCGCCAGCCCUACGUGACGUUCAUGUUCAAGUACAAUCCACUGGACGUACUGAUAGCGAAGGGCGUUGCGCAAUCGCUAAGGCAAGGAGCUGAUCAAGGGGCGCGAAGGAGCGUCACCAUUAAAAGCGAGCCAGGAGGAAACAAGGCAAGUUUUGUCGCCCUAUUUGGUAUCCGCCGUGGCAGAACUAUUCCCUAG